CAGCCUCGACCACGCCCCUGACGCUCUUGCGUCACUUCCGGGGCGGCCCCGCGGCGCGCGCGCAAAGAUGGCGACGCCCUAUGUGACGGACGAGACCGGCAGGUACAUCCCGUCCACGCAGCGGCCGGACGGGACCUGGCGGAAGCAGCGCCGGGUCAAGGAGGGCUACGUGCCCCAGGAGGAGGUGCCCGUCUACGAGAACAAAUACGUGAAAUUCUUCAGGAGCAAACCCGAACUCCCACCUGGCUUAAACCCGGAGCCGAGCCCAGCAACCCCUCCGGGCCGGGCCGAGGGCUGCGAGCCCAGCCCGGCUUUAUCCAAAACCGCCCGCAGGAACCUGAAACGCAAAGAGAAAAGGAAACAGCAGCAGGAAAAAGACCGGGAAAGCAACGACGGCGGGGACGGACUGAGCGCGGCGCUGGAAAAAAUCGCUUUGGGAGGAGGAGGAGGAGGAGGAGGAAAAGAAAAAGAAGGAGGGGACAGCAACAAAGGCGGCGACAACGGAGGAGGAGGAGGAGGAGGAGGAGGAGGAGUGGGGACAGCGGGGGAGAAAAGCGUGGCCAAUGCCGGGAAUUGCGGCGAUAUUCCCGGGAAUAAUGAGAGGAGCCGGCGCAUCAAGAGCCUGCGGAAGAAGCUGCGGCAGGUGGAGGAGCUGCGGCAGCGCCUGGAGGGAGGGGGGAUCCCGCAGCCCACCAAGGAGCAGCUGGAGAAGUUGGGCAGGAGGAGAGCGCUGGAGGAGGAACUCAGGGGCUUGGAGCUGGACUCGUAA